GCUUCCUUUGAAGUUUGAACUUGGGAUCAAGGAAGGAUUCCGUUCAAGCUUUUUCGAAGAAUAUUUUGAAGUUCAAUAAUUUUUUUAACGAUCUUUUAAAUCUGAUAAACUUGGUAAACAAUUAUGAGUUGACAUUUGAUUAUAAUUAUUCAAAAUCAGCAUAAAAUUAAUAAAACUUCUGUGAGAAUUUAUCACACAGUAACUUAGCUGUCAACUCUGUCCAGUAAUUCCAUCGAUUUUUAAUAUGCCUUUGACCAAGACUGUCGAGGUUCCUCCAGAGCCCAUUGAAGAGGUGAAGGAUGGUGACCAAAGAUUAUGGAUAGGAAAUCUGGACAAUAGGAUUACUGAGUACUACCUACUGAAACUGCUGCAAAAAUACGGUGCAAUUGAGAAGUUUGACAUGCUGUUCCAUCGGUCGGGGCCCCUCAGCGGCCAAUCACGUGGUUAUGCCUUCGUCACCUACGAGAGUCGCGACAUUGCCGAACAGGUGAAAAACUAUCUGGAUGGGAAGAGGCUUGGAACCAAACACGUCGCAGUGAGAUGGGCUCACAACAUGACCAAGGAAGACUGUAAGAAAACCACAGAACUGCUACAGAUAUCUGCACUCACGGGAGCAAAGAGCAGUGAGAAGAAAAUAAGUCGUAGUACAACAAUACAAGCCAUCGAAGCUAAGCUGAAAACCAUGGAGCACACACCGAAUGAAUUCGAGUUGACCGGCCCUUCAACAUCGGUUCCAAACAACUCGAGCUUCAUUUCAAGAAACAACCACAACUUGAGUUCAGCUCCAAGAAGUAACCACAACUCGAGUUCAGUUCCAAGAAGUAACCACUACUCGAGUUCAGUUUCAAGAAGCAAUAGCCGCAUGCCUGUUGAUCGUUCGAAAAACUUUAUAAAGAAGAAAUAUUCUCCACUGUGAGUGGGCAAUGUUAAUUAUUAUGUGCCAAAUACCUUAAUUUAUUUAAUUUGUAGAAAAUGACGGCCGGUUACAUAAGCGCCGAUCAGAGUUUGACCUCCGAUUGGAUAUUUAUCAACGAUCACUCAUUUUAACCGAGAUUAACAUUUGAGUGGGGUUUGAGCAACGCGGUUGCAUUCCUCUGAAAAUUGCUAUAUUAAUAAUAUUAAUUAAUAUUAGAUUCAGGCCCAACUAGAAAUCGAAAUUUAAAGCCUUAUAUAGUAAAUAUAGCUGACACAUUAUAUUCUAGUUUGUGACUGGUUACAGUUUUGUAGUUGAUAUAAUAGUUGAAAAUAUAGUUCAAAUAAGUAUUUUAACUUCAGCUUCUCAAUUGACAUCCAUAAGGAUUUAGUCUAUAUAGCUCUACACAAUAAUAUUGACUUAAUCUGCAUUUAGAAUUCUAUAUUAUUGCAAAGUGUACUUAAUAUUUAGAGUAUUGAACAUUGGUAUUGAAUAAGUUUACUAUCUGCAACCAUUUCAACUCCCAUUGAGAUAUAUCGUAGAGAAACAAUAGCGUAAGUAGAUAUCAUCCCAUGGUAUAGGGCGUUUAUGUCGCAACUUUUACUGUUAUCUCAAGCCGAUUACUGUCGAUUGUUGUAGAUUUUUACUGUUUCGACCGAGUAAG